CUUUUCCAGAGAGUCCGCGGCAGCACAGACGAGGCCUCGGACCGAGAGCGUGCUCCCCACGGGAUCUUCCCCGGGAGAAAGUGAGAGGAAUGCACAACGGGGCGACGCCAAUGAUGCUACGACGCCGAGCCUGGGCGCGCCAACAGCGCACACGCCCUCCUGUGACUUGGCCACGGGAUCGUAUACACCCGCUCCAGGGCUGUGGUUGGCCUGGCAAAGACCUCCGAGGCAUACAGGCAUACUCCCUCUCAGACCUACGCAUAACUAUAUAUAUAUAUAUAUCCAUCGAACGGCCUGCAAUUGGCGCCCCCCCGAUGCAGUGGAACCCACCUCACGCGGAAAAGUCGACCGGGCUCGCCAGUCUGGGCGAACGAAAGGGGCAGAUAGCAAAAGGGGAGGGUAGGACCCCGCCCGCCCCGAGCCAAAGCCGAGACGGCCUGGCGCACUUCACAGGCCGAAGCCUAUGCAAGUUCACAGCUUGGGGAACCGACAUCCGAAGACCCCAGGAGGCAGCAGGCAUGGACAUGUGCGGGCCCCGCGGGGCCCAAAAUGACGGGCCACAUCCACUGCCCAAGAUGUCCACAUCAACUGCCUCCUGGGACUCGGAAGCCGGGCAAGGGCUGCCAAAUCCGUGGCUGCUAAAAUCCACCUCCGGGAAGUUGUCUUCGUCCUUCCGGGAAGAAGCGCCCUCGCGCCGCCCCCCAGGGGAGACGAGGAGGACGAGGAGGACUCGGAGCCGAGCCGCGAAGCGCGAAGAACUCCGCGCCCCCGAGGGCGCCCUCGGGGGCGCCCUCGGGGGGGGCCCGAAGCGCAGGGGGGGGCGGGGCCGGCCCAGCGCGCCCGCGCGCCCGCCCGCGCGGGCGGCGGCGCGGCUCGAGGCCGCAGGGGUCCGCGGGGCGCGCCGCGGCGGCCGUCGCAGGCACCGCGCGCCCCGAAGGCCGCCUCCCCUGCCGGGAGGGCACGCCCCCAAGGGGGACGGCGCGCGCCCUGCGCCACCCGGCGGCCUGCUGGACGGGGUGGCGGGGUGGCGGGGAGCGAGCGAGAGGGGUGGCCAGCAGGGCGGCCGUCGAGGGCCAGGCGCCCCAGAGGACGAGCGGGAGGAGGAGGGGGAGGAGGAGGGGGAGGGGGAAAAGGAGAGAAGAAGGACGGAAGGGGGAAAAAGCUGACAGUCAUCAUCUGCUGUGCUGGGAUCAGCUCAUGGGACUCUCAGCCGCGGCAGACGCUGCGAGAACUUCGGUCGCCGCCGCGAACAACGCGGAGGCCGCCACCCCUCAUCUGCAACAAUCCCCGAACCAGCUCGUGCGCUGCACAUCGGUUGCAGGCGUAACGAGACAACGCUUGACGCUGCCGUUACAAAGCCGCGGAAGGAGUGGCAGCCAUCCAAAAGCGGUGCGCGUGCAAGGUGGCACGCAUGACCACGACGCCCAACCUUGAAACGAAACAAGAUGAGGUGUGGGAGGGUGAGGGGGGAAGGAGAAGAAGUCAUAUAGGACGAGAGAUAGAGCCUAAGAAAUACAGAGAAGGCAGCGUCUCGCCGUCACGCGGUGUCACACGUCCAGGCCCUUCAAGCCAGUGCCACCUGUGGAGCCCGCGCCCGGCUUCUCGAGAGGCCUCCUCAACGGCACCGCGUCGAUGAUGCCGGUUGGGGCUGGCAAGGCAGCGCCGCCCUUUGGCUGGAGGGGAGGCAAGCAGGCAGGGACGAGAGGCGGAGGGGAAGCAGGAGGCGGAGGAUUUGUUGUCAUCUGUCUCAUGAGGGCAUGACCGAGGUGCACAAGGGAAUCAAUCAGAGUCGCCCGAGCCAUCAACGACCGCUGCGAUGAGCGGCUCCUCGGCCUCUUCAUGGGCGAGGGCGGCUCGGACACUCUGCGAAGCAACAGCUCCCUGAGGCAUUGCGGAGGGAGCUGACGCCGCCGACGUGGCGGCAGCUGGGGGAGCUGAGAAGAGGAACCUCGCGGCCUCCUCGUCAGCCUCCGGAUCGAAAAGGUCGGCGCGUUGUACCGAUGGGCAGCAAAACAAGCCGACGCAAACCUGCUGCUCUGUCGCCGUGGGGUGAGCACUCCCCACAGGCGAGCGAGCCGACCUGUGAAACUCGCUGGCAGCACGGCAGCGCGCUCGGCCGCGGCGGGCCCCGUGCUCCCGUCACGGGACGGUAAAGGGGUCCCCUCGCACCCCAGCGACUCGCCCCUUGGAGGGGCCGGUUCGUCCGCGGUGCUCCCUCCCCAUCGCCGGGCUCGACCG